AUGCGGUUUUCAUUUUUGUGGAUUUUACUUUCAUUCGUUUUGAAUUUUAUAUUUGGUUAUAAAAUAUUAGCAAUUAUUCCCUUUAACGGAAACAGUCAUUUUUUGAUGUUCGAAAAACUGGCAAAAGGUUUGGCCCAAAAGGGGCACGAAGUCGAUCUUGUGAGUCAUUUUCCUCAGAAAGAAAAAUUCCCAAAUUAUAAUGACUUGAGUUUGGCUGGAAGUUUGCCCGAUUUAAAAAACAAUUUAACUUACGAAUUUGUUAAGCAAGGCUCCUCUCAAGGAUCAUUUUUUUGGGUGAAAAAUUUAUUGCAACGAAGUGGAGGUACUGUUUGUGAAUUAUUGGGUCACCCAGUUUUACAAAAAUUAAUACAUAACAAAAAUGAUACUCAGUACGACCUCGUUAUUGUACAGGUAUUUUUUGCACCAUGUUAUUUUGCGUUUGGCCGACAUUUGAAAGUUCCAAUAGUUGGACUUGUAACUAGUCAACUUUAUGAGUGGAUGAAUGUUCCGUUUGGAAACCCUGACAAUCCAUCUUUUAUACCUGGAGGUUCUCUUCCGUACACAAGUCACAUGAAUUUUUUUCAACGAUUUACCAACACAAUAAUGCAGCUUACGACAAAAAGUACUUAUAGUUAUUAUACUGCCGACCAAAAAAAGUACGUGGAUAAAUAUUUUGGUCCAGGAUACCCAGAUAUUUUUGACCUUCAAAAAGAUGUGGCCCUCGUAUUAGUAAAUUCACAUUACACUUUUAAUGGAGUCAGGCCAAUGACUCCUGGUGUCGUCGAAGUGGGAGGAAUUCAUAUUCAAGAAGAUAGUGAAAAAUUACCACCUGUCAUACAAAAAUGGCUUGAUGAAAGUCACCAUGGUUGUAUUUACGUAUCAUUUGGAUCGAUGAUAAAGCUUGAAACAUUCCCGAAGGAGAUUUUGGAAGCUUUUUACGCAACAUUUAGAAAUGCAGCUCCAGUUCGAUUUUUGAUCAAAAUCGCUAAGGAUGACGAACUGCCACCUGGUUUGCCUGCAAAUGUCAAAAUAUAUUCAUGGUUCCCACAAAUUGAAGUUUUAAAACACCAAAAUUUAAAAGCUUUUAUUACGCAUGGUGGCCUAUUUAGUAUUUUGGAAUCCAUUUAUUUUGGUGUACCAAUUAUUGGAAUUCCACUUUUCGUGGACCAAUUCAGUAAUGUUAAUCAUUAUGUACAAUAUAAUUGUGGUAUCGCUUUGGAUAUUGAUACUUUGAAUGAAGAGAAUUUGAACAAUUCUAUUCAGAAAAUCCUUCAUCAUCCAAUGUAUAGGAAGAACAUUGAUAGAUUGCGAAAACUCUAUUUGGACCGCCCUGCUAAACCUUUAGAUGUGGCAAUUUUUUGGGUGGAAUAUAUUGUCAGAAAUGGGAAUAUUUUAAAAUCCGCAGCUGUGGAUCUGGCGUGGUGGCAACUCUACUUGUUAGAUGUAUUUGCUGUUCUGUCUAUUAUCGUUUUUCUUACUUUAUUUUUGACUUAUUUAGUCAUUAAAAAAAUUUCAAAUUGUACUCUUAUUCCAAGUUUCUGCUGUUCGGAUAUUCCAAGUGGAGAAGCCCCUUCACCCCCCACCACUUUCUCGGUACGGCAUCACUCGCGGCAGUGGCUGACCAAUCGGAAAGAGGCCCGAAUAGCGGGAAGCCCUUGUUUGUAG